CCGCAGCCCCGGCCGGCGCCCAUCAUGCGGCGGCUGCGGCGCCUGGCGCACCUGGUGCUGCUCUGCCCGUUCUCCAAGGGCCUGCAGGUCUCUCCCCCAGCAGGGCCGGCUCCCUGGCCUCAGAGUCAAGUAUGCCCUGCUGGUCUGGCUGGGCAUCUUCGCGGGCAGCUGGAUGGUGUACGUGCGCUACUCAACCUACUCGGAACUCUGUCGUGGUCACGUCUGCCAGAUGGUGAUCUGUGACCAGUAUCGCAAGGGCAUCAUCUCAGGCUCCGUGUGCCAGGACCUGUGUGAACUGCACAAGGUGGAGUGGAGGACCUGCCUGUCUUCAGCCCCAGGCCAGCAGGUGUACAGUGGACUCUGGCAGGACAAAGAGGUGACCAUCAAAUGUGGCAUUCAGGAGGCCCUGAGCUCCAAGGCCCGACCGGAUGUAGCCCCUCGGCGGGAGCUGGUAUUAUUCGACAAGCCCACCCGAGGCACCUCCAUCAAGGAGUUCCGCGAAAUGACCCUCAGUUUCCUCAAGACAAACUUGGGCGACCUGCCCUCCCUGCCAGCGCUGGUUGACCAGAUCCUGCUCAUGGCUGACUUCAACAAGGACAGCAGGGUGUCCCUGGCCGAGGCCAAGACCGUGUGGGCCUUGCUGCAGCGUAACGAGUUUCUGCUGCUGCUGUCCCUGCAGGAGAAGGAGCACGCCUCCCGCCUGCUGGGCUUCUGCGGGGACCUCUACCUCACUGAGGUUGUUCCCCGUGGCCGUGGAGCCGCGCUGCCAUCCAUCCUGCGCCCGCUGCUGCCCCCUGCACUGCACAGGGCCCUCCAGCAGUGGUUCGGGCCUGCAUGGCCCUGGCGCGCCAAGAUCGCCAUCGGCCUGCUGGAGUUCGUGGAGGACCUCUUCCAUGGAUCCUACGGGACCUUCUACAUGUGUGAAACCACGUUGGCCAAUGUGGGCUACACGGCCACCUACGACUUCAAGAUGGCCGACCUGCAGCAGGUGGCACCCGAGGCCACUGUGCGCCGCUUCCUGCAGGGCCGCCACUGUGAGCAGAGCUCUGACUGCACCUUUGGGCGUGACUGCAGGGCUCCCUGCGACCGACUCAUGCGGCAGUGCAAGGGUGAUCUCAUCCAGCCCAACCUGGCCAAGGUGUGUGAGCUGCUGCGGGACUAUCUGCUGCCUGGCGCCCCCGCCGACCUCCGUGAGGAGCUGGGCAGGCAGCUGCGCACCUGCACCACGCUGAGUGGACUGGCCAGCCAGGUGGAGGCCCACCACUCGCUGGUGCUCAGCCACCUCAAGACCUUGCUUUGGAGGGAGAUCUCCAACACCAAGUACUCCUAAUGCCACAGGCCCAUGCCACUGCAGCCUGUGCCCUUCUUCCUCAGCAUCUGCCUGGAGCUGGCAGCGCAGCAGGUUCCAGCCAGCAGCCAUGGGUGGGGCAGUGUUACCGGUUAUCCCGCUGCAAACACCCUCCCCUGAGAGUCCGAGAGUCCAGGUUUCUGGAUCCCAGCAAACCAGCAGGAAGAGAGGGGCCUGGAGUCCCCAUUAGGGGCUGGCCCACUAUGGUUACUCUAACAGGUUGUAAAUAAAUGGCUUUUAUGUGA